UUGUUUAUGUGACAAGUAAAAGUAAAGGUGAUGGUACAAAAAGGAAAAAAAGUUGCUGUAUGAAAAGUAUGGCGGAGAAGAAUAUUGUCUACUUCAGACAAUUCCGAUUCCCAACAACUUCUGACCAAUUGUUCAUCACUUUUUCAAUUUUCAGGCGACAUACAUAAAUCCCUCACUCCUACUAUCUCCUGCUCCGAUCAAUCUCUGCCGGACCUAGGGUUCCGCCGGCCGGAGAAUUUUCCAAUUCUAGAUCUGUCUAACUGAAGUUAUAGAUCGCAUAAUUGAUUAAGCAAUUUUGGAAUGAUUUAUUGAUGAAUUGAUUGAACUUGUUGUUAUCCGGUGGUUACUGGUUGGUAGCUGAAGAAGAAGAGGACAAAAAUUUACAAAGAGAUAAAACAGAAAUGAGUGUGAGCAACGGGUCAGUUCAUCCUGUUGACGCGCCACCGUUGCAAACAGAAGCAGCUAACGUGCCGAGAGUAAGGAUGAAGGAUGUUCAAGGAAUGCCUGGGACGAUUGGUGGAUCCUUCUUACGUUUCGCUCAGUUUGUAUUUGCUGUUGUCUCGCUUUGCGUUAUGGCUACUACUGGUGAUUUUCCUUCCGUCACAGCUUUCUGUUACCUUGUCGCUGCUGCUGGCUUGCAGAGCUUAUGGAGCUUGUCUCUAGGAAUUCUUGACGUUUAUGCUCUUCUUGUUGGACGGUGCUUGCAGAAUUCUCGGGUUGUGUGCUUAUUUGCUGUUGGUGAUGGGGUCACUUCUACCCUCAUGUUUGCUGCAGCCUGUGCUUCUGCUGGCAUUACUGUACUGAUUGGCAAUGACCUUGGUGUUUGCUCUCAAAAUCACUGCUUAGAGUUUGAGACUGCUACUGCCAUGGCUUUUCUUAGCUGGUUCUGUGCUUUGCCUUCAUUUCUCUUAAACUUUUGGUCACUUGCAUCCCGGUGAAGAAGGGCUAUCAAGGAAAUUACAAACGAUGCCAAAAUAUCUUGUGAAAGUACUGCCUUUUGUUCUGAUGUUGUAAAAUUUUGUCUAGAUGAUCAAUGUCCCCAAAAAACAUACAAUUGCUGCUGCAGUGUGUAAAUACAGAUUGCAUAAAGCAAGUUAAUAUGGGAAAUUGAGCUUUGCUA